AUGUUUUCUUCGAUAGCAUUCUAUAUCUUGCUCGCUCUUUUUGCUCUAUACUUCACAUGGAAGAACCAAAUCAAAGCCAAAUCUCAAGCUAUUACUGUCCUUCAACAACCUCAGACUAUUCCUAUCUCAUCUCAACCAAUUGAGACUCCAGCACCAUCUCAAAAUGUUGAAAAUGAGAUUCCAAGGCCAUCUCAAGAGGCUAAAGAAGAGCCAAAAACUGUAGAACAACCAGCUACACAAAUGUACACAGUAAAAACUCAUACUCCAAAAUCAAUAAACCAGUCAGAAAAUAAAGAAAAUGUAAGCUCAGCAAGUGUGCAAAAUAAUGAUACGAAAUAUAAUAUUGUUUUGAAGUCUAAGCCAGCUUCAAAGCCAGAAGAAAAAAGAAAGAAUCUCGAACUUACAUCGUUUAUUCUUAAAGAGACUGAGAAAUCAAUCCAAGAAUUGAUAAGUAAACCUCGAAGCCCGUUAGAAAGCAUUAAUCCAACAACAAUGAGAAGCCAAUUUUACGAUCCAAAUGUUCCAGAGUUUCAACCAAAGCUUAGGCUGAAUCCUAAUGCUCAGGACUUUUGUCCUAUAAAAUAG